AUCACCGCGCGCCGAGAGAACCGCCGCUAAAGAGAAACAGCGAUAAUGUCGGACUACGGCAGCGACGCCGAGGACGAGACCGAGACCACCUGCGCCAACCCCGCGGUCGUCGACAAGUACAAGGUCGCCGCCGAGAUCGCCAACAAGGCUCUCGCCGUCGCCCUCGCCGCGUGCAAGCCCGGCGCCAAGAUCGUCGACAUCUGCAACCUCGGCGACAAGACCGUCGAGGAGGAGGCUGCCAAGUUCUACAACAAGAAGGACAAGGACGGCAACAAGAUCGAGAAGGGCAUCGCGUUUCCCACCUGCAUCUCGGUCAACCACCAGGUGUGCCACAACUCCCCGCCGUCCGAUGACGCCACGUCACUCGAGGAGGGCCAGGCGGUGAAGAUCGACCUCGGCGCGCACGUCGACGGCUACGUCGCCACCGUCGCGCACACGGUGGUCCUCAUGGGCGACAUGAACGCGCCCGUCGUCGGCGCUCAGGCGGACGUCAUGAAGGCUGUCGUGACCGCGGGCGAGGCUGCGAUUCGCAAGCUCCGCCCGGGGGUCAACAACAGCGAGGUCGCCAAGGCGAUCGGGAGGGUGGCGGAGGACUUUGGCGUCCGCGUGGUGGAGGGCGUGCUUUCUCACAACAUGAAGCGGUACGUGAUCGACGGGAACAAGGUCAUCCUCAACAAGCCGUCCGCGGAGCUCAAGGCUGACGAGGCCGAGAUCAAGCUCAACGAGGUGUACGCCCUCGAUAUCGUCAUGUCCUCCGGCGAGGGUACGCCGAAGAUGCUCGACGAGAAGGAGACCGCCGUGUACAAGCGCGCCGUCGAGAACAACUACAAGCUCAAGAUGCAGGCUUCCCGCGCCGUCUUCUCCGAGAUUCAGAAGCGAUUCCCCACCAUGCCCUUCUCCAUGCGCGCCAUGGAGGGCAUCAAGGGCGCCAAGCUCGGCCUCGUCGAGUGCUGCACCCACGAGCUCCUGCACAAGUACCCCGUGUUGUACGAGAAGCCCGGGGACGCCGUCGCCCACUUCAAGGCGACGGUGCUCGUGAUGCAAAACGGUAACGAUCGGAUCACCACGUGGACCUGCCAGCCCGUGGAGUCCGCGCUGGAGCUCACCGACGAGGAGCUCAAGGAGCUCAUCACCCAGCCCCUCAAGUCCAAGAAGAAGAAGAAGCCCAAGGCUUGAUGAGAUCAUGGCGCAACAGUGAGAAGCGACCCGCGCGCUUCCCGCGAACCCCUUGUCAAAUAACACACUCCACUUUUUUUUACGAACUCUCUGCUGGGUUUAUUACAAUCGAUAAUAUGAAUGGUGUCCUUUUGAAC